GGGCGCUGCGCGCAUGCCGGACCCGGAUCGCCGCCCGGGCUCGCGCCCUGGGCUGGUCCGCCACCGCGGUCCCGGGCAGCCGGGAUGUCGGUGCAGUACACCCUCAACCUGCGCGUCUUCUGGCCCUUGGUAACCGGCCUGUGCACCGCCCUCGUGUGCCUCUACCACGUCCUGCGAGGAGACAGCGCCGCCAGGACCGAGUCCCCCGAUGGUGCGGACGGCGGCUUCCCGCUGCUCAAAGUGGCCAUCCUGCUCCUGCUAGGCUAUGCCCUUCUGCGCUGUCGCCACGCUAUCCGGCAGCGCUUUCUGCCUGUCUCUUCCCGCGUGGUGGGCCACUACGCCUCCCCCACUAGACACCUCCCGGAACCGGGCCUUAGCAUCUUGCUGGAGAGUUACUACGAGCACGAGGUGCGCCUGUCGCCACACGUGCUGGGCCACAGCAAAGCGCACGUGAGCCGGAUCGUGGGCGAGCUGGUGCGGGCUGGCUGUAUCCGGGGGUCCCCCAGCCCCAUAUCCGGGGGAGCGUUGGCCUUGGCUUUCCGCGGGGACUUCAUCCAGGUGGGCAGCGCCUACGAGCAGCACAAGAUCCGCCGGCCCGACAGCUUCGACGUGCUGGUGCCUCUGCGCCUGCCGCAGUUGGUGGUGCUGGAGCCACGCAGCCUGGGCGCAGAGCCCGCUCUGGACCCCGCCUUCCGCAGCUGCUUCGUGUGCGCCGUUAAGGCGCCACCCUCGACAUCAACAUCAGGAACGUCUGGGGGCCAUUGGCUCCGGAACUGCAAACCCUUUGCGGACAGCUUCUGUGUGGAUGUACGUGGCCAGCGCCACCUCUCUGCCACUUUGGUGCUGCGCUGGUUCCAGUCGCACCUGCAGCGCUCCCUGGCCACCGUACGCUACAAACUGGAAGAGUGCUGUCGGGUCAGCCUGACCCCUGGCGGCCUGGAGCAGCCUCCUAUCCUACACAUCCUGCCAUGCCGUACAGAUUACGGCUGCUGCCGCCUUUCCAUGGCUGUGCGUCUCAUCCCUGCGGUCCAUCUCGGGGACAGCAUCUUCCUUGUGGCACCACCCCCGCCACCCUCCCCUAGUGGGUCCCACUCGGAGCUCCCAGGAGGCCUACGCUCAGAGGCACUGUGGGGUGUGAACACAGCCCGCCAGGAACAGAAGCUGCUGAGUUGGCUUCAGGAACGGGCCAGUCCAGGUGCCUGCUACCUCAAGUGCCUGCAGUUGCUGAAAGCUCUGCGUGAUCUGGGUGCCCGUGGGCUGGACCCGAUGGCUGCCACCCAGUGGGGACACAUCCUAUCUUCUUAUGUGCUCAAGACGGUGCUGCUGACAAUGUUGCUUCGCAAGGGGUCUCCAGGGCAAGGCUGGAAUGAGGCAUAUUUGAGUGAAUGCUUGGAGGAGUUGGUGCAGUUCCUCAAGGCCUGCCUGCUGGGACGCCAGACGCUCUUCCACUGCAUUCUGGGCCCUGGUAGGGCAGCCUCUGAGGUGGGCCCUCUGCCCAAGGUACUUCGAGAAGCUGCCCCAGUAGACCUCCUGGCUGCUUUCGACAUGCAUGCCCGAGAGCUAGUUGCAGCAAGGUUGCUGUCCACUUGGAGAAGGCUGCCCCAGCUUCUCCGGGCCUAUGGGGGUCCCCGCUAUCUUGCCAGGUGUCCUCCACCCUGGAGUCAGCGCAAUCAAGGGUUCCCUGAACAUGAACCAUAGACAGACAGCUCCCUCACCUGCCUGAAUGCUCCUAAAGCCUUUCCCACUGGUUAGGAGUGGAGUGUUGGAGGGGUUGAAUGCCUCAGGUGGGCUGCCAGAGAUGGUGAACAAGCUGGGGGAUGCCAGAGGCUUUAAUGGCAUAAAUGUCAUUCCCUGGCUGCAUAAACCACAACCCAACCCAAGUAACUACAUCUUCUUCACACCCACUUAUGUUCUGGGUAAACCAGGGAAUGAAACACAACCACAGCUACUGAGAGUAGGUCCACAUAGUGAUAUGUGAAGAAUUUGGUAGAAAGAUCCAGCUCUUAGGGAAAUCAGCAAACUAAGCAUGACCAUUUGAACAGAAAGAUCCUUUUACUGGUUUUUGACAUAGAUCUCUCUGUCCCAACGUUUAUAUACAGGAGUACUUUUGACAUACCUAUUUGCUAGGUACUAGGUUCCCAAGUCUUCUUUUCUUUCUAAUCUAAAUCCACAACUGUAAUUGAAGGUAUGUUCUGCAGUUAAUAUUCUGUGGAAUAUUCACAUUAAUAUUAAUGUACUUAAAUGGUGUAAUCACAGGUGUCUGAUAGGAUUGUCAAUAAGUCACAUGUAUUGAGAGACAAUCAAGAGUUGGUUGGGAAGAUUUUCAGCACAAAUCGCACUUUAUGUUGAUCAGUUCUCUUAUUUUGUGGUGAUUGUUAUACUGCAUAUGAAAGGGGGGCCAAAAAUAUGUAUUAGGAAGUCAUGUGCAGUUUCAAAAAGUAUCCAACGUGUUCUCUUACCCUCCCCCCAGGCCACAAGCAGGGUUGCGUCCCAGGGAGUCAGAAGUCAUUCAUUGAGGGCCUACUAUGAGCCAGACACGGUGCAAGGUAGCACCAAAAUCUGUAAUUAAAACAAAGCUGGUGAGGCCAUCAAACAUGUUGGGGCUUGAAAAAGACAUAGCUCAGUGUUUGCCUAUUAAGAUGUCUGGCAAAGGCUUGCUGCUGGCUGGACACAGAAACCUUUUUUGGCUCUAGGGCUUUUUAGCAAACUCCUUUGCAAAGGUUGUUUUGUUUUGUUUUAGUUCAAGGACCUCAUGGGAAGGAAAUGAACAGUCUUCUCGGUUACCGGUAUGUUAGUGUUCCUGGUGCACGGCGAUGGUUUGUGGUUGGAAGGUACUUCUCAUUUGCCAGGCAGCCCGUGUCCCACCGGGCCAGCUUGAGGGGCUCUUGAAUUAGCCGAUGUCUUACAAAAGAUAUUGUUUGGUAGCUUGGGAUCUCUGUUUGGACAUCUGUUACUCCUAGUCAGUGGGCAGAGGAGAUAGAGCAGAGAAAAUGAGUUCGAGGAAGAGCCAGAGAAACAGCCUUUGAGAAAAGUCAUCUCGGAGGGACGGGCCAGAAGGACCACCGCUAGGAUGUUAUGUUGCAGCCAGGAAGAGCCCAUUUGCUUGCAAUCAAGGUUAGAGCGACCCACCAUGUGCUUGGCUGGCUGAACGUGCAGCCAGUCUCAGCAUUACACUUACUUGGGGAUUUGAAAAAAGAAAAACAAAGACAUGUGCUUCCUUAGACUCUUAAAAGCAAAAGUUGGAAGAUAGAAGUAGUUACAUGAAUAGGUCUUUUGUUUCAUUUCUGAGCUAUUUUGAGGGACUUCUAUAAACCUCCUUUCUUUAGGGGACCCCCUUGGCCUCUGUGGGAAAUUAUCGUGAAUAGAUGAUUUACAGGGAAUCUUUGUCAUUAGAGCUGCAUAGGCUUUUUAUAUCUGGCAACCGUGGACUGAAGGAAAAACAGCUGCAGAUGUGAGGUUGUGCUGGGGACCAUUCCCCUCGAUAUCUUAAAGUUCAUUCCCAGCUUUUGAGGCCAAUGUUUUAUCGUAUGGUACUGCAUUGAGCAAAAGGAUUAAUCCACAAGCUUCCUGCAAAGAUAUAAACUGCACAGUGUUUUUACAAAUUGCUUUUAAAUGCCAAGAGUAGAAUAUAUAUUUCCAUACUCAGCCUGAUUUCCCCUAUAGUCAUUAAAUCUACUGGGGGUGGGGGUGGAAGUGAGGCUAUUGGAUGGAUUAUAGGGCUUUAUUUUUUAUUUUGUGUAUUAUAAAGCUUUAAAAGCUGAAUUUUUGAAAUAUUUCUAGCUGAGAUAAUAGGGUCCUUUAUAAGAAUCUUAAUACUAUUUUAAAGAAUAAAUCUGGUAACAUAUUGUUCUUACGCUUUUGUUCUAGUAUGAUUUCUUUCAGGUUAGUUAGCUAAAGCCUCAUCCAUCCUCAAGGUUUUUACAUUUUAUUUUUUUAAAUUAAUAAGCAUUAUAUAUGUGAAGUUUUAAAAUAUUAAUGUUUUAUUUAAAUGCCAUGUUGAGCAAUUGUUCUCAGUACAUGGUAACCAAAACUUAAGAGAUUUCGAUCAAUUAUGAUCAAUGUUUAGUAAGCCAAAACAUGUACUGUGUACACAUGAAAUAAUACAGCAUUUUAGCCAAGUGUGAUGGUUGCCCAAGGCAUUUAAAUUAAGCUCAGUUUUGUACUUUAUUAGGGCUCCAUCACACCCUUCGUCUGAAAUGUACACAUUUUUGGUGUAUGCUUGGUACUGGAGAUUCAUGUAUACAAAUAUUCUCAUCUAAGAAGGCUGUACCAAAACGUUUUUAAUUGCUUAGCCAGUAGCCAAAGAAAAUGUUCUGGGGACGGUGACUCAGGCAUUUUGCGGUGAGACACUGGGCUGGAGCUCCCCCUGCCCGGUGUGGAGCCUUCCUGGAAUGCUCCUGGGCAGAGAAGAGAUGAGUGCUGCAAAAUGAAACUACAACCAAAAGAAGGAAUGCCUGUGAGCUCAGAGAAAUGAGAGGAAUUCAGGAAGGAAGGAAGUAGAAGGAAGAGAGGGGAGAAGGGAGCUGAGCUGCAAUUCUAUGGGGACGUGAGAGAGGUUUGGGUUAGAAAACUCAUUUUUAAGUGUGUGCUAUUUCUAGUAAGGAGUCACAAACUCAGUAGUCUGCAGGAAUAGGAAGAGAAGUAAAUAGAGAAGGGAUGAGAAAGUGGUGGGAGCUAACCCCAACUUGAAAGGGGUUAACAGUUACGCAGCUCCAUGCUGGAAAAGGGAAGGAGGGGCAGGAAAUCAGGAUUUGUUAAAGAGUGAAAUUCACAGAGUUUUAAACAAAUAAAUUUAAAAUGUCCAAAACCUCAUGUAGACUAGACAAAACGUCCGGUCGAGUCUGGGGCUACCAGUUUGUGAAAACUGCUUUCCACAGCUAACACCCGCUAAAUAUGUGGAAGAUUUUAUUCUUUGUUAUGGAGAUGGUGGUGCCGUAUAUAGCUGGGGGUAUGAUAUUUCCACUCUUUAUCUCUCAGAUUUAAGCUUUAUUGUAGGACAACCCCCCCCCCAAAAAAAAAGAAAUAAACAUGGCCACAGAUAACACUGAACUCACAGUUGCCAGGAAAUCUGGAUUGUGGCGCCAUUCUUUUGGAGUCAGAGCCUCCCUGAAACCACCCUGGGCCUGUUCUUGGCAUUUCCUUCCUGGUUACUUGGGCUAAACCCAUUCGCUCCAUUGGAGUCUGCAGAUGAGUAAUCAGGAAGGAUUGCAGAAUAACUUGUUUUGCUGUAUUUUGUAUAUUAAAAUUAAUAGCUAUUUUUGCUCAUGAUAGUCUAGCCUGUGCCUUUCUGAUGAUAGUUGGUGGCUACGAACAGCAACAAACACAGCUGGGUCUCCGAGCCAAACCUCUUAGGCUUGUCCCACUCCUACUGCCAAGAGCACAGCUCUGGUCAGAUUCUGCCGCCAAAAUCAACUUCCUACGACUCAGAAGGCAGCAGCCAAAAGUGCGCUGAGGCAGCUCGUGCAACCUGGAAUAAGAUACCUUUGCUGUCGCAUGUGACUUUGAUGUUGGUGAAGAUGUCUUCUCAUCUCUACUCAGAUGAAGAUUUUUUCCAGUGAUAGAGAAAGUGAACCUUAUCCACAUUUCCAGUGUUCCUCAAGAGGAAAACAAGUUCAGUGUUAUCAUUGUGGUGCUUGUUAGUUUUUUUUUUUUUUUUUUUAAUCACUUGUCUAUGCCUUGGACAUGUGGGGUU